CUGAUGUUCGACAUAGGAGCUCAUAUCGGUCAGAGUGCCAGCUACUUCCUCGGCCAUGGCUUCAAGGUCGUUGCUGUGGAGGCGAACCCAGAGGCAUGCAAGAGGAUACGUGAGAGUUUUUGUGCUUUCCUCGAUAGCGGGCAGCUCGUGUUGGAGGAGAAGGCAGUGUGGAGGGAGCAUGGGAGGAAGAUAGACUUCUAUGUGAAUGAGGAGGACUCGGAGUGGAGCUCGGUCUUCCAAGCAGUGGGAGGAAGAUUCGAUACAGAGUGCCGCGUGUUUUCAGUAGAGACAUGCACUAUGUUUAGCCUGUAUGAGACCUACGGAUGUCCGCAGUACAUCAAGGUGGACAUCGAAGGAGGGGAUGAGAUGUGCUUGCAGCAGCUGAAGGAUCUCCGCCCUCCCGAGAUCCUCUCGUUUGAGUGCAACUCGUUGAGUUGGGUGGGAAUGGCGCAGGAGCUGGGGUACGAUGCGUUCAAGCUCGUACCCCAA